AGACCAUGGAUAUUACCAUUCAGCACCCCUGGUUCAAACGUGCUCUUGGACCUUUUAUUCCAAGCCGUUUGUUUGACCAGUUUUUUGGAGAAGGCCUUUAUGAAUAUGAUCUCCUGCCUUGGUUUUCCUCUACCAUCAGCCCAUACUACAGGCAAUCGUUCUUCCGCAGUUUUCUGGAGUCUGGCGUUUCUGAGGUGAGAUCUGACCGGGACAAGUUUACAAUCUUUUUGGAUGUAAAACACUUCUCCCCUGAAGAUUUGAGUGUGAAGGUCAUUGAAGACUUUGUGGAAAUUCAUGGCAAACAUAAUGAGAGACAGGAUGACCAUGGAUACAUUUCCCGCGAGUUCCAUCGUAGGUACCGCCUCCCUUCCAACGUGGACCAGUCAGCCAUCACUUGCUCACUGUCUGCUGAUGGCAUGCUGACCUUCUCUGCUCCCAAGGUCCAGGCCAACGCGGACCCCAGCCACAGUGAGAGACCCAUUCCUGUAUCCCGUGAAGAGAAGCCCACUUCGGCUCCAUCUUCCUAGGCCCAACCUCCUGUUGCUGAUGCAUCCAGGCUGUCACCACUUGCACGCCUCAUUCACAGAGCCGUUACAUAGAUAUCAGUGAAUAUCUAGAAGGAUUUCUUCU